CUCUCCUUUCCUCGUGCUGCUCGUGUACGUACGUGGCCUUUAGUCGCCGAGCAAAGCCUCGGCAGUGAGGAGACUUCGCGCGUCGACUAUCUUAGCCGGGUCAAUUCGUACGUGCGUGCCGUUACCGUGAGAGCCGAAAGCGCUUGAAUGCAGAACGAAGAUGCAGUCCGAGACCGGACGACGCUCGCUAUUCUGCUGGUUAACAAUAGCACUGCUCGUCGGCUUUCUUGUCGACGACACCGGCGGUGUUUGGAAGAGACGGGAGGAUAAGACCAAAUGCCCGAAAGUGAAGGGCAUACGCAACUUUGACAUCUCCGAGUUUCUCGGAUCGUGGUACAUUGUACAGUACUACGCAAGCUCAGAGGAAGCUCUCGCGUACAGAUGCAUGAGAGCCGAACUCUCGGUCUCGCCUGAGAACGCAGAAGUUACCAUGAAUUUCACUUACAGCUUUACCGACGAUCCUAUUAACGAGCUGCUCGUUGGUAACAUCACGUGGAAGAUCCCCUCGUCAGACUCACCUGCUCACUGGCUGCACGCCGAAUUUCCAUAUGAAGGAGUGUACAAUACGUAUGUGUUAGAUUCGGACUACACGUCCUGGGCAUUGCUAAUGCAUUGUGCUGAAAAGAGCAAAAGUCCACGAUAUUUAUCUAGCUUCAUCAUGAGCCGCGAAGAGAGCCUCGGGGUGAACGUCAUUUCUUAUUUGCGCGAGAAACUGCCCAGAUAUGACAUCGAUUUGGAGUACAUGUUUCCUAUGGAUCAAAAACAGUGUAACAAGACAGAAGAUUCGCUCGUACCGCCCUUUAUAUCUAUCAAGAAAGCCUACAGCAGAAGGCAUCCGUUGAGAAGGAAACAUAGACGAUCAUGAAUUUCAUUGCUCUUUCAGGAGCAACGAUACAUAUUUAAAAUAACAUAACGCUGUACAGAAAAUCUUUCUGUAUCAAAUUUAAUAUUUCCCGUCAGCAGCCGCAUCCUAUUUCCCCGAAAUCAACAGCAUGAAAUGUGUACUACUAGUCUAUAAACAUAAAAUGCAAGCUUUUGAAUAGCGGAUUUUAUUUACGCAUUCGAUGUACUCGCAUGUAUUAAUUACUACGACUCGCAAUAAUCAUAUAUCUAUUCCAUUUUUUAUACUUAUUCAACUAGUUACAAACGACGAAUACUGGUACAGAUGACUCUCUUGUCUUGUUCGAUCAUGUAUAGCUAUUCCCUGUCAUACAUCAGUAUGGAACCAUUGCUGAUCAAUGUAAGAAUGUAAUGAAGAAAAUUCUCAUAAAUAUCAAUUGUAAAUAAUUUAUAAUUGUGUAUAAUAGCAAAAAUAAAAGGACUUCUAGUUACUCUUA